AUGGCUUCGCUAGGCACGAUUCCAUCGAAGAGGACGCUGGUGCUGUCGAUCGCGCCGGUUCUGGUAUCCGCAUAUCUCAUAUAUAGAUUUUCACCCCCGGGCUUCCUCACAUCCCGGAGAAAAUCGAAUUCAGAUGAACGGCCCGGACCACCAAGACUUACAAGAGGUGGAGAAUGGGUAGACGAAAGCGAUGAAGUAAACAUUAGCUCAGAAGAGGAAGAUGAAGAUGAGACUCCCGAAGACAGCUCGGACCUUCGCCCUCCUUAUGAGUAUUAUUGCAUGUUCCGCCCUUUCUUUGAUAUUCAGAAUGAGAACGAGGAUAAAGAUGAGGACGACCAGCUUGACGACGAUGACCUGCUUGAAGAAUACAACCAGGAAAUCCGAGCUGAAGACAACAUCGAGAUGAAGCCAGCCACCGAGUAUCCAGACCAUCGGUGGAUCGCCAUGUGGGAGACCUGGAAACUGUUUUCCUCGUGGGAAAGGCGGGCAUCGUACACUAACCCCGACUUUUUCAAAAUGCACAUUCACAAGCACUUCCACGGCCAGGGCAUGCAGGAAAUGAUUGAGAACAUGCUCAUUGCUUUCGAUAAGGAAUUUACGCGGAAGAAGCGUAGCAAGAGAGCCCUGAAGCAAAUGUGGGCGAUUGUAGCCGCUAUGAUGCAGUGGCUCUUAGAAAUUCCCCUUCACGGGUGGAUAGCAACGGGCGACGUGCAGAGAAUAAAUACCACCGUUAACCUCGUUGGCCGUGCUCUGCUCACAGUGCUCAACGAGCUUGACCGGGCCAAGAUGCUCAAAGCCGAUUCCGAGAUUAAAGACUUGGGGCUGAUCAUGACAUUCUACCUCUACUGGGUUGAAGACUUAGAGAUCCCAGACCUCGAGUUGCCGUACCGUAAAGAAGUCGUCAGUUACGCGAAGAGAGCCGGCAUCGAUCUUAGCCUAGCCGGAUGCUACGGUACGGACGAGAAAAUCAAGGCGUUAGAAAGGGCCGGCAAGAUUAAGCCGAUUUCUGGCGCGCCAAAGACCGACAGGUGGGAUUGGAAGAAGAAGUUCAAGAAGUUCUCCAAGGAGUAUAAGAUCGGCGGUGAAAGAUUCAACAUCUUAAAGAUGUCGCGGGACGAACGCGCCGGCUACGCGUUCGACAAGAAGGAUCCGCUUGCCGACAUUUCAGACAAAGCUCUCCAAGAGGGCAACGUCAGGGUGAGGCCUAAAAGAGGCGUCACAUCUCAAUAA